CUCAUACGACAGGCAAAACAUAUGCUGUUUCAUUUUGCUUGAGCUACCGUUGAGGCCAAUUGACCAGCUGCCACAGUAAAGGAAGAUCAUUGCAGUAGACAGUCCCAUGAUGAAGAGUAAAGAUAUGUUGGGGAUACUUGCAGCAAUUCUAUUUUACACAGCUCUUUCAGCAGCUAAAUCUGAAAGGAACCUUUUAGUUUCAUCGAGAUGUAAGCUUUUGGAGGUGUCAUCUAAGAUGAUUGUCACUGAACUGCCUAAUGGUGAAAAAGUGGAACAACUGGCGAGAGAUAUAAAAAUUAUAGUUCCUUUGAGAAGCAGAGAGAACCUUUCAGAUCCAACCUCCCCCAUUCGGACCAAGUUUGUCUACAAGAUUUCAGAUUUCUGCAAGAAUUGUGGUCGACAAGAAUCUCCACAAGAACCUCAGUGCAAGCCCAAACCUCCACCCACUGAUGAAUGCUAUGCUCAUGACGACCAAUCAUGCAGAGAUUAUCAACGCUACUUAAGAGCUGCUAAAUACUCCAAGCAUCAAGAGGAACACUUGGCUCAAAAACCUACAGAGAUACCUAUUGAAGCAACAGUUGAUCCAAAUUCUUUUUCAGAUGCUCCAUAAAUUGUUCUAAAGAUUUUAUAAAUAACUACUGCUGUUUCUUUAUGGCUGUCUACCUUUGCUAUUUAGCCAUAAUGGCAUUCUGCCUUCACCAAAUAGAAAAUAACAGUUUGAACUCUGGUUUCAUAAUAAACACUGCUUUCUGUAUCAUG